AUGACUGAAAUAUAUGAAUAUGUUUUAGAUGACUUGGACGAUGUCAAACUGAAUCUAGAUGACCCAGCGCCAUCUACUACUAAUGCUGCAAUUCCACCUCAAUCCAACUCAUCUAAGAGUCGAAAUCGAAUUCAUUCUAAUAAAAUCAACACGAAACUUGAAUAUCAUCUUGUUAUUGCUAAAACGGUCAAAGGGGCUAGCGCGGUGAAAUUGAUUAGCGAUGCUCUUUCUUCCAACAGGGUUUAUGCAUUUGGUGAACUCUUGUGCUUCCGUGGUAUCUCAGAGCUGGCGACGCAUCCUACGCAUUCAUCUUAUUAUCGAUUGCUUGAAAUAUUUGCUUUUGGAACAUGGAAAGACUAUCGAGAUAACGCGGCCACUCUACCUGAAUUGAACCCUGCGCAAGCCACCAAAUUGAAACAACUAUCUAUCAUAUCUAAGGCUUCCCAAUCAAGAGUGAUUCCUUACGCCGAUCUUCUUGGAACGUUGGAAAUUCAAACUGUUCAGGAACUAGAAGAGUUGAUCAUCGAUGCCAUCUAUUCCAACAUACUUGAAGCUAAACUUGAUCAGAAAUUCUCUCAAGUUGAGAUGGAGAGUUGUAUUGGUCGAGACGUCAGAUUGGUCACGUCUACAGAAACCAAUGGGAGAGAAAUUGAAAUGGAUGGAUCAAUAGAUUCUAAUCCUCCCGAAGGAAGUGUCCUGGAAUUACGCUCUAAAUUGCAGAUGUGGACAGAUAGCGUAGGCGGGGUAUUGAACCAGUUGGAUCAAUACAUCAAUACCAUCCGAGAAAAAGACACGAAGACAGCCGAUUCAGAAGCCCAGCAAGCUGAACUAGUCCGAAAAGUCCUUCAAAGCUUACCAAACCAACUUCCUAAAGACCGCAAAGGUAAACAAAGAGAACCUCACUUUUCACAAUUGCGAACAGAAGAGCAGAUGGUCCUGGAUGAGGGUGAUUCGACAGCAGGGUCGAAGAAUCGCAAACGUACACGAGCGUAG